CAUAGCCACCCGGCCGUUGCUCUGGAUGAUGACGAGUCCGUUUUCCCAAGUGACUAGUGAUACCGCAAUACAACAAAAAUAAAGACGAAUUUAUUAAUAAAUACGAUCCUAAGGUUAUGGUAAGGACAUUUACAGUCAAGGACCAGCACCGCAGAUUCUGACAAGUCAUGGAUCAGUUUUUCGUCGGGAAAAUGGCCUCCAACUCUCAGUCUACACCCAAGCCGACUGAUCACUCCGCAAUCCCGGAAUCUGAAGAACAGCUAGAACCUGACCUUGGAAGAUCUUCAUUGUUAAGUCUGGAUGAAAGUCACGAACAGAAAUCAAGUGACGACUCAGGCAUCAGCAUCCCUGGCGGAGAUGCCGACUGUGAAUUCCGGAGUGAGAACUCAGUCUAUUUCUCUACUCUCAGUUUGAGGAUAGAUGAGAUAGGGAAAAAAACUCAGGACCUAAUAGAGAAGAUUAAUGAAAGCCGUGCAGUAGACCAAGAAAUUAUGAACAGCUUCCAGGAGAAGUUAAUGGAUAAGGUCAGUGAGGUGUGUCAGCAGGUGCAAGGGCAGAUGUUCAGCACCUAUGAGGAGAACAGCCGUUUGAUGGAGGACAGGCUGAGGGAGCUGUCAGAGGUACUGGACCAAAGCAGCCAGCUCAGUGCUGAACUGCAGAGUGCCAGCCUGACCCUGGUCGCCAUCAGCAAAGGCCUGCAGAGACCCCCUGAGCAGUAAACACUUUUCAACCCAGAAGUUAUUGCAAAAUAUAGUCACUAUUAAUAUAGAGGGUAAUUCAACUAUACACUAGUACUAGAUGCUGUUCAUCUUAGUUUCUGUUUAGAAAUGCCAGUCUGUGUUUAAUACAGUGUAAUUAAAAAUAAGAGCUUUGUUACA